UCCUCCCCCCACUUCAUCCUCACCAACAAACAUCCAUCAAUUUGCAUCACUCAUAUAUACAACUGUAGAUGGCAAGGUUCACAGUAGCUCUCGCCGUUCUGUUUCUGAUGGCGGCCGCCUCCGCCUCCGCCUCCGCCCACAAGACUGUGGUGACAACCACGGUGGCGGAAGAGGAGGAGAACCAACAAUGGUGCGAGUGGGAAAGCCAGCAAUGCCGAAUGGGGCACUGCAUGCAGUGGAUGCGGUCGGUGAGGGUGCCGUACGAAGAAUCCUUCGUGAGGAGCGCGGUGGCGGAUCAAGGAAGGUUCGAGGAGGAGCACCUCCGGCAAUGCUGUAACGAGCUGCGGGCCGUGAAAUCGCAGUGCCGUUGCGAGGCGCUAAGGUGUAUGAUGAGGCGGAUGAUGCAGGAGUACGGGAGGGAACAGGAGAUGCAGCAGAUGAUGCAGAAGGCUGAGUAUCUUCCCCGCAUGUGCGGCAUGAGUUACCCCACGCAGUGCCGCAUGCGCGCGAUCUUUGCCUGAGCGGAUGGAGACUGCGGCUUGAGUAGAAUAAGAAGAGGCUGUUUCUUAAUGCAUGGUUUUGGGGAGAAAUGGUGGGAAUAAUUAAUAAUGUUGUAGCACAUGAUCGUGUGUGUAAUAAUAAUAGUUGCUGUUCUUGCAUCUA